UUCAGGGAUGAGAUAUUUCUUGCUUCAAAUGAAAGUUUGUUUCAUAGUUUAGGUCCAGUAUAGCGAAGGGAGUGCUUUCCAAAGUAACAGUCGAAAUCGGGGGGAGAAUAAAGUCAGCGUUUCUUAUAUUAUAGGGUGCAUGAGGUGCUUAGUGUAAAUAAGUCCUAGAUUCUCUGUGGUAGAAGUUUCAACUUUACUUUGUACAUGAGGUUUAAAAUGUCUUCUAUACGUCUGUUGUAUAAAGAGUAGGCAUGAAUAGAUUGUACUAGUAAAUUCAGGAAAAGUUGCUUCACAUUAUACCCAAAAGUUGCUCUAAAGUUGCUCAAAUAUCAAAAAGUUACCACCAAAAUUUAGAAAAGUUGCUUGCUCUAGAGUCGUUUUGUUUUAGAUAAAUACUCAAAACGUGUUUGUUUGUUUGUUGCCAUUUAAACAUUUUCAUUAAAUAUUCUUACAAUCAUUAAAAGAGGCCAAAAGCCAUUGUUAUAUGACAAAUAUAAAUACUAUCUUGUAAUCAAUAUACUCUUACAGAUACACAGAUAGCCGCUGUCCAGAUUUCGUGGGCGUAAUGCAAGUGUUAUUUUAUUGUCAUUUUAUUGUAUAUCCUUAGUUUUAAUAAAAUCAGUUUUGAUAAAACCAGUUUUAAUAAAAUCCUUCGAAAUGAAACGACCUUUUAUGGUUUGGAUCGGUUUUAUAUCAAUUUGUUGCUCAAAAGUUGCCAAGGAAGGCAAAAGUUGCCCUAGGUUGCUGGUACUACAGACAGUUGCUCAAACCGCUAAAAGUUGCUCAAAAGUUGCCGAGCACAAUCUAUUUAUGCCUAAUAAAGAGGGUAAGUUGGCUUUUACUAGCAGUUCUUCAUAACCAGAUUAUUUGUCAUUGAAUAUCGUCCUAAGCCCUCUUUCUUGAAUGCGCUCCAGUUUCCUCCUGUCACUUUCUCGACACUGAAAAGUGCCAGGUUAAAUGGCCAUAGGUUAGACGAGGAAGUUUGGCUGCUUUGUACAGUUGUAGCUUCGCGGCUGUUGGUACAAGGAUUUUUAGCCUCAUGAGAACCCCAAUCCUUUGACUAGCUUAAAAAUUUUAUUAAUACUAAAUGUCUUCGGCAGAGUAGAUGAAAAACGUUUGGUGAUAUCAAAUUAUUGAUAAGUAGUUUACUAAGACAUUUUACUUUGGCCAAAGAAAACACUUCCACGGUUUCAUUUUCACGCGAAUCUAGAAAAUUUAUAAGCAUGCGAUAUAUAUAAAAUCUGUUUCAUAAUUAAAAGCUUUACCUUACUAUUUACACCCGUUCUGCUGCAGCUCAAAACUGGCAUAAUAAAUAAUGAAUUUAAAUAUUAUUAUAAUUAUUUUUAUCAUUGUUCUUUUGAACAUUUUGGCGUCCUAAAAAGGACUUUUAGUAACUGAUAAGUAGAUAACCAAAUUUCUUAACUUUUUUGUCAAAAAUAUGGCCAAAAUCCUCAGUUUUUGCCAGAGAUACUUCUCCAGAAUACCAACUUUAACUUUUAGAAAUUCGAAUGUGUUCUCGGUAUUUAUUCCCGACUGUUUAUUGCAAAACACAGUUUGAUCGAGUUUUAGGUCUUCAAGGAAAAUUCUUAGCUAACUGAAUACGACGAAUCAAUUCGCCCUGGAGACAAGAAAAGUAUUGUAGAAGUCGUAAGCGGACGAUAUCGGGGGAAUUAUCAUUUUUUACAAAUUUUCAGAAAAUGUCAGACAGAAUUUGUAUGUAAAAUCUUUAUUCAGUUUAUAGCGGAGCUCCACGCACGCGGAGCCCCAUAUCCAUCCUAGAAAAUUUGGUAAUCACGUGAUCGUACACCGAGCGACCGUCCGUCUGCACCAAAGGCAUACCAAUGUACAAUAACUCAAUCAACAGGUAUGGGAACUCGAGGUUAUUUUGGCGGGAAAUUUUGAUAGCCACCCGCGUCUUGUGAAGCAGAGACAACUAACGAGUCAAUAAACAGAAUAAAGACGAAAACGGAAAGCGGAAAUUGUUUCUGUAUCCGUGUUGUCUAAAGUAUUAAGCUUAGAUAAAUUGUCAUCUCCACAAAUUUGGAAUACAGAGAAAAAGAGAAAGUAGGCGACAGAACAGCGAAGCUCAGCGGGGGGCUUAUUUUUUUCAAGCACUCACACGUUUGUUUCAUUUAAUUUACCAUGCAUUUUCACAACUAACUGUCUGAGGCUAAUUUGACAAGAGAUAAAUUUAUCUCUUGUGAAAUUAGCCUCAGACAAUUAAUUGUGAACUUUGACAGACUCAACAAGCCAGUAUAAAAACAUGUACGAGAAGUUGAGCUCUUUGCAUGUUUCAAGGUCUGUUAGGGAAAGUUCAUUUAAUAUGACAAGGGGGGAGGGGGGGAUGAAGAUAUUGAGGGGGGGCUCCGAAAAGUUUUAGACACCCGAACGGGGGGCUCUGAAAAAAUUGUUGUGCUAGGAGGGGGGGCUCCGAAAAUUUGUAUACUUCAAAACCAACACAUGACAUCAUCAUACAGAUCGGAUGGUUUUCAACUCAACAAUUUAAUGACCUGUGCAACUCAGCUAUAUCACGUGGUUUACAGAUAUAACAAAUGUAGUCUCAGUAAUUAUUACACUCUUGUUCAUCCCAAAAAUGCUUUAGAAAAUUGUAUCACAACUUUAUCUCAAGUUUGUCAUAGUAUAAACCAUUGAAUACAAUAACGGUAAAUAUAUUUAAUACAGUCUAGCGAUCUUUUUUCAGGGGAGCAAAGGAAUUGAAGGAGGAGGGGGGGGGGCUCUGAAAUUUUUUCGACUACCAAGGAGGGGGCUCCUAAAAAAUUGAACCGCUAGCGAGGGGGGCUGCUAAAAUUUCAAGCUUCGAGUUUCAAUAUCUUCAUCCCCCCCCUUGUCAUAUUAAAUGAACUUUCCCUUAACAUUCCAUUUCUUUUUCGUUACACGUAACUUAUUGGAGAUAAUUUGUUUCCUAGCGAGCAAUUCUUUAACGAUGUCAGUUACUCACUUACGUUGAGUAAAAAAAAGAACAGAGACACUAAAAGAGACACAAGAAUUCAUAAAUUCUUUCGUCAGAAAACUAAUUACAAUGUAAAGAUUACCAUUGUAAAAAGACCAUGUUGUUUACUCCUUACGCCUUUACCGACAAGAUUACUUGUCACUUCAAAUGACACAAUGCAGACCUAACGUCAGAAGUAACUUCUAAAAUGUAACGUCAAAAUGAAGAGUUUGACUCCUUAAUGUCAGAUUUUACUUCCAACCUUAAAAUGUAUGCAACUUGCCCAGGGCCUGUGCGACUUCAAAUAGGUAAAAGUCAAAAAGGAUUUGUUUUUGAAAGUCAAAACACGGUUAAAUUGAUGAUUACACUCAGGCAAAGCCUACGCCAGUUUUCCUAACAUACGACAGGGUGUUCAUAUUCAAGCACAACUUUGCUGUUGGAGACAAAGUUGCUGAAAUGCAAAGUUGUUGAAAUGCAAUCUGUCGUUACUGGUACGCAGUUCAUUAUAACACCAAUUUCGAUGGGCCUGUAACAUUGAACAGCAAUCAGAUUCUGACGGCUCUCCAAGGACAAGUGAAAUUUUAAAACGUUAACUUCUCUUAAAACACGAAAAUCGUGGCGUAUUUUAUCCAUCAGUCAAUUGAAACCCCGAUCCCCCGAGCCCGGGGCAUAGCGAUGAUGGACCCGGGAACCCAAUCUGAUUCCCGAUUUCGCACGUUUUUAGAUUCAGUAACACAUAUGCAUACCUUUCACCAGCUGUGUCAACACUAUGAAGACUUCUUCCCCAAUUCAUUUUGCAGAGGAUAGCAUCAAAAACUGCAUUUGAAAUUAACAGAGCGUUAAAAUCAAUAAACCUUAAGGUUAUUUUUAAUUUUCAAAUGUAGGCGUGAUAUGCUUGUCUUCAUUUUGAAGUAUCUUGCCGCGAGUACCUGUACAAUCUUGGAUUUAAAAUACUUGUACUGUUAAAUUGGAACAUUGCAAGUAAAUUUUUUAACUUCACCAGGCGUCAUGAAACUUCUUUUGGUGUCACUAUUAUUAGUACCCUAUGGUGCUAUCUUUGUUUUCACCAAAGGUAAGUUCAAGACCAUGAGUCGAUCAGUAUUUAUUGAAUUGAUAGUAUUUUAUUUCAAAUCCUGACAUUAAGUUUAGCGUACUGCUUACUGAUGAGAUUAAAGACGAUAUUAUUAGUUACAUUGAAAUUUUUUAAUCCAUUUUUAUCGUUCAGGCUAAAUAGUUUUAUUGUGAAAGAGGCAAUGUCACUUCACUAGUAUUUCUUUGUAAUAAAUCAAGAGAAUAUGAUUGAAUCAAAAAAUAAACUGUGGCUAAACUAUUCGAUAUUUCGUUUCAAACUACACACUACACUUUCUCGCUGCAGCUGGGAGCUUUCCAAAUCAUGAACCUCCAGGCUAGCUCUUCAAGCCUCAAUGAAUUAAGGACGAAGUACAAAUUGAGUGCACCCACAUUUUAAGGUUCUUCCUUACUUUUAAGAGAGAGAACUGCAUUUCUGUAAGGUUAAAUAUUCGUCUCUCAUUAGCAUUUCCUCAUAUUGGUUAUCCGGCUGAGGACCAUCGUCAAACCAAAACGUCCGUGAGUUUUAAAUAUGAAUUACAUUGCAAUUCGCCUUUUAAAAAAUUUUAUUAAAAAACUUAAAGUAACAAAAUAGAAGAAAUUGUUUCUGAAUCUUACUUAAUCCUACCGUAGAUUUGCUGUCCGUGCUUUCAAUUCAAUUCGUCAAAAUGAUUUUUAGGGUUCAGAUCACAUUUUCUAGCUAUCGCUUAGACCACAGUUAUACCAUAUACAGGGGUGUUCCAAAUACCCCGCGUCAUUUAGCCGGAGGUUUCGUUGACCAAUGGCGGAAUGAAAAUUUAUUUGCGGCAAAGCAGCCAGGAAAAAGAAGGAAAACUGAAACCUUUUCGUUUCUCUUUCCCAUUCCUCUCACGGCUUUGUCACAAAUGAAGUCACGCAGCUCUGUGUAGAAUAAAUUCGUUUUUUCAAAGAUCGUUUUUUUUAGAAUUCUUAAAUUGAAUAAAACUGAGGUCACUGAAGCCGAACAGGAGAUUCUUGUGAAACACAAUAAUGGUCUGCUGGUUGUUAAACAAUGGACAGGUGCAUUAAAUCGGGUGAUGCCCUCACUAAAAAUGCUAACCUCUUGCUAUACGGUCGGUCAUUAUUUUUAAGAGGGCCCCGGGGCUAUACCUUUUAUCAUAACAGAUAAAUCCAAAAUCCCAUUUGUAUACAUCCAAAAUAGAAAAAUGUAACACUACAGUGACAAAACCAAGUAAAACCAGACAAUAUUGAUAUUGUCAAAACUUCACCCCCAAUUUCGCACGAGAUUGAUCAUGGUGACAAUCUUGGAAACACCUUACAGGCAUAAAGAGACACCUAUACGAAGGGGACUUACUACUGACGGCCCAUGAAUACAAGGUGCUUAAAACUAGGACCCAAGGACAUAAACGAGGUUUCACACUCGGUCGCAGGUGGCCUGAUGGGCCUGAUGGCCCCAUGAUCCCUUUCCAGCUGGACAGUGAUCUAGGUAAGUACAGUUGUACUAGAGUUUUAAAAGGGAAAAUCUAGGAGAGAUAAUUACUGGCCAUCCUUGUCUAAUUGUGCUUUAAAAUUCGUUUAAUUUUGCACUCGGCUUUUUUUGAGAGGAAAACUGCCGGGGUCGGCUAUAAGUGCUUUCCUUAGAUCCGUUUACACCGGUCCGGACAAAUUUUUGAAUGGGCAAAUGUUUUACCUGUGCGAACCAUUUACAAGGAACCGUGCACUUCUGUCACAAAUUGCAGUGUUGUUGCCAGUGGCGGAUUCAGGGAAGGGGCCCGGGGGGCCGCCCCCCACCUAAUUUUUGAACAACGCCUCCCCCUGCUUAUAUUAGAGUCUGGAUGACCGUCUCUCUUCCCCCCCCCCCCCCCCCCCUUGUCUGAAAGUCUGGUUCCGCCACUGGUUGCCAUUCAAAAACUUGCACGGGUCCGCGGAUCCCGUUUGAACAAAAGACAGAUCUGUGCAAGUUUUGGUCCGUUUAAAAAUUUGUACGGACCCAUGUAAACAGGAUCUUAGAAUCGCUAGAAAGGAGUCCCAGCCUUAUAAGCGGACUGUUGCGGGGUUGAGAUCUUUUUGUGAGAGAAUAGUUCUUUAAAAGGGGUUUGAAUGCAUGAUGAAAUGUUACUUACUGAUCUUUAUUGUCGAAGAGCUACAGGGUCGACAUGACCACAGAAAAAGGUAGAGUUAACUUGAUUUUAUCAAGCCUUUGCAUUUUGAAGGGAAGAGUUCGAAGGCUGGUGACGCAAUUGAAGGAGCCAUGAAAGAAUGGGAGAAAAAAUCGUGCGUGAAAUUUGUACCUCGGUCCAACCAAAGGGUCUACAUUACAUUUAUCCAAGAUAAGAGGGAUCGGUAAGUAUCAAGAGAUGAUGAAGUACUUAUGGGUUUUUUCUUGAAUGUACAUAUAUCUUACAAGUCAAGGAAAUACUUGGUUAUCGAUGCUGUACCGAUUGGCGGCAGUGUGGGGCUUGGCGGAGAUUUUGGUUUCAUCAAUUUCUUAAGCUAUAAAUUUUUCCCAAGUCCUUUCAGAAAAGCCAAAUACGGAUUAUAGUUCCAUUUUGAUAUAUAAAUAUAGUAAUACACAUUCAGGACAACCUCUUGUAAGCGACUACUUAUCCAAAACACCAAAUAUUUUCCCGGUCAAAGCCUUAUAGUUGGAAACUCUCUUAAACGUACCAACUCCCGUUAGAGUUCGCUUCAACUUUUUUGAAUGAUUGCUUUAAAAGUUUGCAUUGUUUGUUACCUCUUCUGAAAGACCUUUUGAUACAAUGGUCUGAUCUUUGUGAUCCCUUUAUGUACUACGCUGCUCAGAGAUUGUGAAAAAUGUAGAUAUGUUCGGACUUCUCCUCGAAAAAUACCUCCUGCAGCUGAAAUCCAUGAUGAGGCGAGUUCUGUGUUUUGGUUGGCUACCCGAGCGAGCAAGAUAGGCCUUUACUUUUCCACCACAAAAUAAAUCCCAUUAACGACACAGUUUGAUCGGGCAAGAUGGUUGGAAACUCCUUGCAAGUGCGAAAUUUGGAGCUCUGAUGAUUCUUUUAUAUUAUGCUUAUCUGUAAUUACAUUGUUUAGGAAAUGUUGUACGACACCGUGUGACGCUACCCAGUUCAUUAUACUAUAUUAAUAUGGCCAAAAGGUGGUCGUGUUAACGGGUUCCGUUGUAUCAAGUGUUUGCUUAUGUGUGAUUUGUCUUUUCAGUUGUGCCUCAACAAACGUUGGUUACACUGGUAGACCAUACUCUGUGCUUCUUGCUCCAAGAUGCUGGUGGCAUGGAAUGAUUCUUCAUGAACUUGGUUAGCGCUAUUUCAAUAAGUUUAAAAGCUUCUCGACGCCUGUGACGACGAAUUACGCUGAUUAAGGAAAAGAAAGAUCAAUACUAAAUGAGUACCUUUUUCAUUUUUAGGUCAUGUUAUUGGAUAUUUGCAUGAACACACUCGUCCUGACCGUGACCGGUACGUGACAGUCAAAUGGGAAAACAUCAAAAAAGGUCAGCUAUAAGGGAAAAUUUAUGCUCGUGUAGUCUUUUCGAUUCCAAAUAGCUUAGAAGUAUCAAACAAAGAAACACUAAGUGGUCUCUUUCUUCCAAUCAAUGGAGAUAAGGUUAAUACUAUCCAGUUUGUGGAAUCUUAUAGUACGAGACGAAGGCGUGUAAAACGUCUUCUUCUAAACCUUCAAAGAAGAUAUUGGGUUUGUCCAGCGUGAACAAGUGCCUGGUGGGACAACGCACAGGGAAGCCUGGCCAUUUUGCUAAAAAAAUAGCUACAAGAAAAAUUUAAAAUAUCGCGAAAUCACAUCGCAGGCUCGGUUUGCGCACGCCUACUAGCAAGUAAUUACCAAAUGUAGAUCGAAGUAGCGUAUUCGUCUGGACGAGUGAUUCCAAACUGGAUUUGUGUUGACGCAUGCGCGAAUAUCAAGUAUACGGUUUACGGUUUCAGCGCGCGUAUUGAGAUUCCUGCGGACGUGGCCUAAGAGUCGUGUCUAUGGCAAACUUCAAACGCCAGAGUCAAGUUGCGAAUUUCUCAAAGUAGAAAACGUGCAGCUGAAAACAGUGCGAAACAAAUGUUAUAGACCGAACUGAUAUGAAACCACUAGUAAUCUUCGUGUGGACGUAAUCAAUAGUAAAGCACCUGUUAAGGGAAAACUUGAUCAGGUGGCACAAAUUCACGUUUGCUGUUUGCCGUAAACGUCACGUGCGAAAAAGGACCUAAAACGUGCUUCUAUACUACUUUCAUAGGAAAAAUGACAAAGAAAGUAAACAGGGCUUUACAAUUAAGAAACCUCAAUUCAUGAAUGAAUUAACCAUGAGGAAUAUCAAAAACCUGAGCAGAAUUAGUUGAUCGCUACGAUACUGUUUUUGGCCAAAUAAGACUUUCUCUGUUUUUAUUAAGGACCUCCUUUUGAAUUUACACCAUGUAUAAUUGUGUUAAGACAUAACACUUAAUUGAAACAACAAACGAGAACUCAAAUUCUGAAGGAAGGGGUUGCGUUAACCUGUUUUUUUUUUUUCACCAGGUAAACCAGGUUAAUUCAAUAAGCAAAUUAAAAUGAUUUCUAUUUAAUUAUACUAUUGCUGCCCAUUAAACAUACACGUCAAGUGAACGUUUAAAAUAAAUGCAAAAUCUGAUAGGCUCACGUUCACUGCAUUUUAGGCCGAGGUCGGGAUUUCCAAAGACAGAACAACAGCGACCCAAGUUCCUACGCAACUCCUUACGACUUCAGCAGCAUUAUGCAUUAUGGAGAUGGAUUUGCCUCUAAAAAUGACAAGACCUUGGUACCGAAAAAAUCAGGGGUAAGAAGCAAGAAAAACCAUUUGCCUGUUUAAAAAUACUACAUUGCGGUUAUUGCUGUUGAAACCCUUGCGAAUUUCUUCUUUCCCGGCCUUCCCAUUCAACGUUGAUUUACGACGUUUAUGCCCGAGCAACUUAUCUUAUUUUAUUUUUUCGUGAAUUUAGAUGUUUCAACUAUUUAUGAACGGGAUUGCAGACGUCUCCUGAACAGGAGAUUUGGAAACCAGAAAUAUUUCUGCUUCAAAAGAGUAAUAGAUUUUUAACAUACUCUUAUACUCUUGCUUUCUUCAGGUGACUAUAGGACACUGGGACUCCCUCAGUGAUAUCGAUAUUCAGCAAAUCAAUUUACACUACAACUGCCCUGCAGGUUAGUUAAGUACUAUGACAUAGAACAACGCAUGAGUCAAUCGAUCAUCAAAUGGCGUGGUCUUGAAAUUGAACGCUGUUCUUUGUUUGUAGAUUCCUACAUCUUCGAAAAAUUCAUCUGCCAAGAUGAGAAAGACAAGAUCGAAUGUUACGGGGGAAGAAAAAUUAAGAUAACACUUGCCUACUACGGCAGGACAAAAGUGUUUAAAUGCGGACUGGGUUUCUCAACCAACUGCAAAGCAAAGGGAUCAGAAGAUAAGGUAACGCCAGACAAACCCCGCUUAAUACGGACACCUCGUUAUUGCAGACAUGCAGUGUUUUCCUUGUCCCUGGGAAAAGAAAGCCCUUACACUUUCUGUAAAUUCAACCCGCUUAAUACCGACAUCCCGUUAAUAUGGACGCUUUCUAUGGCCCCAGCAAGGUCCGUAUUUACAGGGUUGACUGUAAUUCUUUUCACUGAAAAAAAAAAACAAUAAGCAUAGGCUAAUCAUCGGAAAAGUUACGGUGAAGGAAUGUUUGGCAGAGAGUGAGUUUGAACGAUGCACAACUUUGGUAAGUUGUAAUACCUGUCAGAGAGUAGCUUCACCUGAAAUCAAAGUAUUUGUAUAGGUAAUGGUAUGAUUUGUCGUGAUAUUUGGCAUUAUUACCUCGAGUGAUAUUUCAAACUUGCUAUACGUAAUUUCACGAGCCGUUGGGCGAGUGAGAUUUAAGACAAGUUUGAAAUAUCAUGAGUGGUAUUUAUCCCAAAUAUCACAUGCAAAUCGUGCUAUUAUUUGUUUAUACUACUACCCGCAAAAGGUUUGUAAUUUUCACACGUAGGUAUUUCAAAUUAAGCUGAAAUACCACAGCUCUAAGCCAAUCAAAUUGUAGAAAUUUCCCAUGUAGUAGUAUAAAGACUGUUAUUCCUAUAAUCACCAGGCUCCAUUUGUUCAAAAUGUGGAUAGGCUAAUUCCACCGGAUGAAUCGGAUGAAUCUCUAUCGGGUGGAAAGCACAAUUUGUUUCCCUAAUACUUAUCCACUGGGUAGUGAUUUAUCCGAUGGAUAGCGCUGUCCACCUUUUGACCAAAUGGGACCAGGAGGCUGAUGUAUCAGUGUACCCAUUCUGUAAACUGCCUUUUUAAAGGCUUUUCUCACAUUUAAGAGAGCUCCACCCACUGAAACGUUCGUAGAAACCAUAAAUAUUUACGUCACACUUCCUUGAAACUCUAACGACGGGCUUGAGCUCGAGUCCGAUUUUGAAUCUCAGCUGGUAACAGCUUAGAAACGUAUUCCCUUACCAUGUAUUACUCAUGGAACUCGAAAGUCAAAUCAGGGUGACUUUUUUAACGAAUGAUCACAUAUCAAAGUCACUCUAUUAACUAAAGUUUCUAUGUUGUUCUAUCUAUCACGUGGAAGCUCGAGGAAGGGUGGAGCAAUGGUGACAGCACUCGCCUCCCACCAAUGUAGCCAGGAUUUAAAUUCCCUACACCAUAUCUGGGUUGAGUUUGUAGUUACAUCUCUCCCUUGCUCCCUGACGUAUUUCUCCGGGAAUUCCGGUUUUCCCCUCUGAAAAUGUGACAUUUCCAAAUUCCAAUUCGAUCUGGAACGCACAAACACGUUUUAACGAAUUCUUAAGGUGGCUCCGUAAUUAAUACAAGAGCAUUUUGCUAUGACAAAUUUUCCGUCGUAACUUUUUCGAUUUUAACGCGAUGGCUGCGAAAUUUUGCAAAGAACAACAGAUAUCAUUCGGCAAUAAUACAAAAUAUUCCGAUUUCAUUGAAAGUAAAUAUUUCUUGAGAAAUUAGCGCUUAAAAGGACCCUACUGUUCAAAGAAAAUCGCGUCUAGUAAAAACUUUUGCUGAUAUUUUUUACUGAAAUUUGUGGUAUCGGCUUCAAUUGAUAUAAUAAAUAUGCCAGAGGAAUUUCAGAAAAAUCGUUGGAGCAGAAGUCCUUAACUAAAAGUCGCUCAAAAUUCAGCUGUGAAAUUUUUUUGGAAUUUCAAAAAUAAAUUGCUAUCAGGUAGAAGGAGCCACCAGUUCGAAUUUUCGAGACAUGUAAAUUCAACGUUUGCUAAUUCUUAAAACAAAAGCCGAUUGCCUGUCGUGCUAUUCUUUAAAAGGUACUUUUUAGUUUUAGAAGCACUAUAAAUCGCUCCAAACCUGCUCUGAAGUAGAAUUACUUGUUCUUCGACAGCUUUAAAAUAUCCCUCGGCAGUUUUGGCUCAAACGCCUGCUGCGUACAUUUUGAUGUAUUGCAAUGCAUUUUCAAGGACAUUUACUGCUGUUCGUUGCUUCCAACUCAGGAAAAAAGUAUUGAGAUUGGACGCUACCUCGUAUCAGAGCUCAGAUAGAACUGUCCAGCACCUUUGUUUAUGACUACAAAAUGAGCACGAGCGGCAGCUCUGCGAGGAAUUCGCACCUCACCCAGGGGGGAGAACGACAAUGAUGACCAUGCCUGUGAAUCGAAUAACAUCACAGUGCAAAAUAAAAUUAUCGCAAAAAUACUGCCCGUGAAUAAAUUUACAACUCUGAAAGUUUUGUCACUCCUUCCUUCAAUGAAUGGGUAUUUUUUUUCUUGAUUAUUAUGUUUUGCUCUGCAAUACAUGUUUAUACAGAUCUGUUCACAGACAUGGGCAUCAUUGUCAUUCGUCCCCCCUCGCUGAGGUGCGAAUUCCUCGCAGCAGGGCGGAUAAAGGUUGGGCGGUGAAACGAGCGCGUCCGAGUAAAAAGGUGUGAUGCAGUGGACUGGGACUCUGCUUAGAAAUGUCGCUUGUUUUCGACUUCGAUAUGGUUUGUACAUUACACACUGCCGCUGUCACUGAAUUAUGGCAGCUUGAUUUGUUUUCUUGCACUUCUUCCUCUUUCCUUUGUGCUGGUACGCUGUCUCCGAGAGGCAAAUGUUGCUAUUUUUGCGGGAGUUUUAGUUGGAGUAGACAAACAUCUCUUUCAAAGAGUUUCUUAUUACCUCCAUGACUCUACCACUGAAUUAUAUUUUCGUUCUGCUACUCGCCAAUGUCGAUGUUAUUCCAAAACAAAAACAACUAAGUACUGUCUAAAACACGAAGGAAAAUCUCAUCCAUGUCAUCCAUGGCAAAACUAAAAGACAGCAGUAGAUGACGUGUAUUUUAUAAAUGCGUGCAGCUCGUGCAAGGUGAAAUUAUGCUAAUUUCAAUUACCAUCAUCCUUCUUUUUAAUUUUGAAAAAAACAUCUCAUACGUCUUUCUGUUUCUUCGAAACUUCAAAAUUAGUUUCCCCUCAGUUUUUACUGUUUACCUUGUUUUGUUUUAGAGAGAAAAACGGAGAAAAAACCUUACAACUAACCUCAAUAAAUUUUGUUUACAUGCGGUUGCCGGAUUUGCAACGCAUUGCGCGAAUCGACAUGGCGCGUUGCACCCGAGAAGCAAAGUUUGAAGAAGUACAACGCCACUAUAUCAAUAUAUAUCAAUCUAAUUUUUUGUUAUGUUAUAUAAAAUUUAUCCCUCUUUAACAUAUGUAAAAAUUGAGGUUAAGAAGUGUUAAGCUUUUGCAAACGAAACGGUGAAAGACCAUUAGGUUAUAUUUAGUGGAAGGGGGAGGUAUUCAACACUUUCAAAUAAAACUCAAAUUUUGGCAUUAUACGACCAACAAGUUUGACUUAUAGACGUACAGACACAAACAUAUGAAACUGUUUAUUGAUAUUGUUAUGAAACGAAUUUAUCUAUUUAACAUUGUAGCCUGAAAUUACAGAAAGAAAAUAGGAUUUCCGGUUUGCAAAAAGGAAAAUUUCGCCGGCCUUCAAGCGCACCGGAAGCGAGGAAAAGAGCGCUCGUGCCAGUCCUACUCCGCAUCACACAUUAAAUGAAGAGCGGAGCGCUCGUUUCACCGCCCAACAUUUAUCCGCCCUGCCUCGCAGAGUUGCCGCCCGUGCUCAUUUUCUGGUCAUAAACAAAGGUGCUCGACAGUUCUGUCUGAGCUUCGAUACAAGGUAGCUUACAAUCCCAAUACCUUUUUCCUGAAUUGGAAACAACGUACAGCAGGAAAAGCCGUUGAGGAUGCAUUGCAAUACAUCAAAAUGUAUGUAGCAGGAGUUUGAACCAAAACUGCCAAGGGAUAUUUUAAAAAUGUCGAGGAACAAGUCAUUCGACGUCAGAGCAAAGUUUGGAGCAAUUUAUAGUGCUUCUAAAACUGAAAAAUAUCCUCUAAAGAAUAGCACGAGAGGCAAUCGGCUUCUGUUUUAAGAAUUAGCAAACACUGAAUUUACUUGUCCCGAAAAUUGAAAGAGGUGUCCCCUUCUUCCUGAUAGUAAUUUAUUUUUGAAAUUCCAAAACAAUUUCACAGCUAAGUUUUGAGCGACUUUUAGUUGCGGACUUCUGCUCCAACGAUUUUUCUGAAAUUCCUCUGGCAUAUUUAUUAUAUCAAUUGAAGCCGAUACCACAAAUUUCAGUAAAAAAUAUCAGCAAAAUUUUUUACUAGACGCAAUUUUCUUUGAACAGUAGGGUCCUUUAAAGCGCUAAUUUCUCAAGAAAUAUUUACCAUCAAUGAAAUCGGAAUAUUUUGUAUUAUUGCCGAAUGAUAUCUGUUGUUCUUUGCAAAGUUUCGCAGCCACCGAGUUAAAAUCGAAAAAGUUAUGACGGAAAAUUUGUCACAGCUAAAUGCUCUUGUAUUAAUUACGGAGCCACCUUAAGAACUCCUAAGUGCUUCAUAGGCAAACAAAUUACCGUCAAACCCGUUAAUACAGACACCGAGGGGCUAUAAAAAGUGUCCUUAUUAUAAUUAACGGGGUGUCCCUAUUAAGCGGGUUAAAUUUAGAGAAAAUGUAAGGGCUUUCUUUCCCCAGGGGUAAAGCAAACUGCCCGUAAUAAUGAGGUGCCCGUAUUAAGCAGGUUGAGUUUAGAGAAAAUGUAAGGGCUUUCUUUCCCCAGGGAUAAAGCAAACUGUCCGUAUUAAGCAAGUUGAAUUUAGAGAAAAUGUAAGGGCUUUCUUUCCCCAGGGAUAAAGCAAACUGUCCGUAAUAAUGAGGUGUCCGUAUUAAGCGGGUUAAAUUUAGAGAAAAUGUAAGGGCUUUCUUUCCCCAGGGGUAAAGCAAACUGUCCGUAAUAAUGAGGUGUUCGUAUCAAGCGCAUGUCCAUAAAGCGGAGUUUCACUGUACAAUUUGCAAUUUUUACAGAUAAAACGUGCUUGUGAUGGGAAAGUCUCCUGUGAGCUUCAUGCUUCCAAUGACGUUUACGGAAACCCUUGUCCCGUUUGGUCAUCCAAGUACAUCGAAGUCAAAUACAUGUGCAGUCCCUAA